GGUAAACAAGAGAAUACAGUUUUAUAGGCGACAAACCAAAGUCAAAACAAGAAGAAAUGGGCUUUUUGGAGAAAAAUUUAGACGAGGCUGACAACCCAGGUCUUGAUUCUGUCUUGCACGUGGGCGAUCGUGUAUGCGUAUUUAUCCCUUCAGAGGAACUGAAAGAAGUUCAACGCGGAAAAGGAGGAUGGAGUAUGCGCAUGACAGAAUGUAUUGGAAGGAUUGGGAUAGUAAAACAAAUCGAAUCUAACGACAUCAUUGAAGUCCAGUACGAUGGAAUUUCAUGGCAGUUUUAUCAAGGCGCUGUUAGGAAAGUUUAUAAUAUCAAGCCGGGUGACACAGUUAAGAUACUACCAGGUGAAAAAGUCGUUGAAUUGUUGCAGCGAGGUCAUGGUGGAUGGGAAGAUGCUAUGAAAAAGGCAUGUGGGAAAAUAGGAAAAGUUGAGAAAAUAGACGGCGAUGGUGACGUUGUUGUACAGUUUGGACAGCAAGUCUGGGUCUAUAGUCCUGCUUGCCUUAUUCCUGCACCAGGUCAGAAGGUCCAUAAUCUGGAAUUGGUACAGACCGAAAUGAAACCAAAAGCAAAAGAAGAAAGUACAAGAAAUGACUUAUCCGACAGCCUUGCCAGACUUGUUGCACACAUGGUAAUCCUGGGUCAUCAACAAAGGAUGCAAACUAUUGGACCAGAGCAGAUGGUGCAAGCUGUAGUAAAAGGCGAUAUCGCUUCUGUUCAGCAAUAUAUCAAACUGAAGAAAGAUUUGGUUAACUGCAAGUUCAAAGAACUGACACCUUUGAUGUUUGCAAGUCAUGGAGGACAUUUGUCUAUAGUUAAGCUAUUAUUAGACAACGGAGCAAACUUGGAAACUCUUUCUGAGGACAGUAAUACAACGCUCCUCAUAGCUGCAGCCGGGAAAAAAGAAGCAAUUGCGUUAUAUUUACUGCAGAGAGGAGCAUCUGUCAAAGUAAUAGGGAGACAUAAGCGCACUGUCGCUCACCAUGCAAGUUACUUUGGAAUGAACGAGCUUCUAAGAGCUACCUUACAAAAGGGUAUUAACCCUAAUCUGCAGGAUGUAGAAGGUGACACACCAAUGCAUGAUGCAAUUGCAGCAGGAAACGACAAAGCAGUAGAAUUAUUACUUGCUAUUCCAUCAAUCAAUCUGACACUUCGUAACAACAAAGAUUUUAAUCUACUAAUUUUUGCUGCAUUCAAGGGAAAUGAUAAUGCGACAGAAAAACUGUUAGAAAAAUCCCCAGAGCUCUCUAAAACUACGAAAAAAAAUGGAUUUUCGGCCCUGCAUGUUGCUGCUAUCAAUGAUCAUCAAGAUGUCGCAGAAACUCUUUUAACAAAGGCUGACACGGACAUAAAUCUUAAGAAUGAAGGAGGGUUAACUCCUCUUCACGUUGCAUGUCAUGAAGCAUAUUUUGAAAUGGUUGAGCUGCUAAUUGAAAACGACGCCGAUGUCAAUACACAGAGUAAUACUGGGCAUACACCUUUACAUGUCACGCUUGGUGUUGAGCAACAAAAACUCCCAGGUCUGUUAGGAUUAAUGUUGAGUCGACCAAAUGACGAGAGCGAACGGGUGAAAAUCGCCUGUUUGUUAAUCGACAACGAUGCUGACACUACAAUCAAAGAUAAUACAGGGAAAACCCCCCUUCAAAUAUGCAAAAGUCCGAGAGUACGGGACGGAGUUCUUAACUUCAUAAAGCGAAUGCAACAAAAGAAAAGUCAGAGUGGAGCAACAGCCGCAGGUGAUCCAUUUUUGGCCCUUUUGUCUGCCUUGCUAGUUUUGCCCUGCAUUUCAUGUAACGAGAAUGUUGCCAACGCAACUUUCCGUCCAUGCGGUCAUAAAAUUGUGUGUGCUGAAUGUAGCGUUCGUUUUGACGCAUGUCCAAAGUGUAGAACUGGUGUUGAAGCACGAAUUGAUGACGAGGGAAGACGCAUCGUAUUAGAAAAUCCCUGUCAGGUGCAGUAAAAACAAUGGAGGAUAGAAUUUACCCGUCAAGACAUGAAGUGAACAAUAUUGUUAACCUAUAUGUAGUUUAAUGAGACUGUAUUUUAUAUAAGUUGUCUCCCAUGCAUGUUAUGUAUAUUCUUAAAUCAUCUUUGAAUGCUUCUUAGUAAAUAAUAUUAUUCUUAACAAGGAGUAGUAGAUAGCAAAUUAAAACAAUUGUCUAAUGCGAUAGCUUACUAUCCCGAACGGAAGACAACUGCCAUGUACUUAGUAGUCUAUGUCGUAAGAUCAUUUGAAAAGAAAUAUGAUUGAUGGCGGUUAUAAGUCAUCAUAAUAAAGUUAUAGACGUUUACUUCUAGGAAUAUUUAUACGCUCAUUUUAAUAAUCACUUAUUAUAAAAUGUAUUAAAACGUUAGAAUUACUCAUCCAAAUUCAUAUGUAAUGUUUAUAUAUCAAAAACAUGUAUCUAAUCUCUAAUCUGUAAAUGUUACUAUUAACCGUAUCAAUUUUACAGCACAAAAUGCGAUCCGUUUUUUUUUAGAGAGAAACCAUGUUUCUUUUGUCAUGAUCCAAAUUUAACUUCAGUCUUGAUUUAGCUAUGAUUGAGAUGUAUUUAUGCUAAACGUGGCAUCAAUCAAGUAGACUUUACACUACAAAUUAAUUUGUUGUGUCCAGUAUAUUCCAGUUUAAUCAAAUGUAAUUUAUAUUUGUAUUUUAUAGUAUUUUGAUAGUCUUAAAUUGUUUAACAUUUCACAGCGGUAUAACAUGUUACUUUAAUUAUUCUUCAUUUAGUUUAUUUAUUUUGUAUUUACCUUGUAUCAUAGUAUAAAUUUAUUUCUUCUGUGUA